AUGAAUGAUAAUGAAGAACAUAUAGAAGAUAAUAUAGGAGAAGACAUCUUUAGAGGAGAAUUUGAUAAAGCAAUGGAAGAAUUAAAAAACAAUAAAGCUCCAGGGAUAGAUGAAAUACCGGCAGAACUAUUGAAAAACUGUGGUGAGAAAGCAAAAGACGUACUCUUCAAAAUCAUAUCGAGCAUGUACAAAACUGGCCAAAUACCAAGUGAUUUCACAAAAUGUCUCAUAAUUCCAAUCCCAAAAAAAGCAAGAGCCCAAACAUGUGAACAAUACCGAACUCUAAGUUUAAUAUCUCAUGCAUCUAAAGUGCUCACCCGCAUCAUCAUGAGAAGAACAGAAACUAAAAUCGAAGGAAGUUUAACAGACAACCAAUUUGGCUUUAGAAGAGGUAUGGGAACUCUAGAAGCCAUCUUAUCAUUAAGGCAGAUAAUUGACAAGAUGAACAGGAAAGGAAAAACUACUUUUAUAUCAUUUGUAGACCUUGAAAAGGCCUUUGAUANAAUUCAUAGUUUGUAUAAGAACGAGAUAGGAGUAAUCAAAAGUGGAGCAAGUGAAGAAGAAGCCAAAAUUAUGAAAGGUGUCUGUCAGGGAUGCUCACUGUCACCAUAA